AUGGCUAACAUACAAGAUUUGCCUAUUGAUAUCCAUAGCGGCAAGCUUCUAGAUUGGUUGAUAAGCCGAAGGCAUUGUCAAAAGGAUUGGCAAAAGAAUGUGCUGGUAAUUAGAGAAAAGAUCAAACAUGCAAUUUUGGACAUGCCGGAAUCAGAGGAAGUUGUUCAACUUCUGCAAGGCACUUAUAUAAACUAUUUCCACUGCCAACGAAUCAUCGAAAUUUUACGAGAGACUGAAAAGGAUUCGAAAAACUUCCUGGGAUUCUACUCGUCGCAACGAAUGAAGGAUUGGCAGGAAAUAGAAUCAUUGUAUAAGAAGAACAAUGUUUACCUCGCUGAAGCAGCUCAGAUUCUACAACGUCUUGUGCAAUAUGAGAUCCCUGCUCAGAAAAAGCAAAUAACCAAAGCGGAGCAAGUUCUUGCGGAUAGUGUCAGGAAAGAAAAAGAAUAUGGUAAGCAGGCGGAAGAUGGUCGAAAAUUAUACGCGAAGGAACUACAGCGCAUGGGAAUUCAGGGACAUGCUCUCCGUGCGGAGCUCCUGGCUCUUGCAUCUGAUCUUCCUUCGUUUUUCACAAAGAUAACAAACGACAUCAUUCAUCUCAAGGAGCCAUACGAGUACUAUGUUCAUUUUCGCAACUAUAUUCAUCAAGGUAAACAACUAUCUGGAAAGCCACUACCCUUGUUAUCUCUUUUAUUGGAAAAAGGCUCUUCACUGACAGCGUUUGAAUUCAAAUAUGGCAUUUGUCCAACAAGAAUUGAGCUGCCGUCUUAUGACCUCUUGCUCAAGGAAGAUGAGAAGAAAAGCGAUGAUGAGAUCGACUUCGGCGAUGAAGAAAUCGACUUCGGUGGUGUUGAAGACGUUGAUCUCACUGGAGAAGAUGCACACAUAGAUAUUGUUGCUGACACUAAGGGUGCCGUUGGAGAGUCUGUAGCGGUUGGUGAAGAUGCAUUAGGUGUAGUGGAAAACAUGGAAACGCAGAAGGUUGUAAAAACUGAACUGAACGAGCUAUUGGCGUUUCUUUCGAUGCGGAUGGAUGACGAAGAGCGAGAUACCUCAUCGGACAUGUUCAUCAGAGGAUUCGAAAAGAGGCCCAUUGAGAUUAGCAAGGUAUCUCCACCGCAUAUAGGAGAAUGGAUUUCGCAGAUUAAGUCGAUACUCAAUCAGUUAACUGAUCAGCAAAAGACCCAUUUGUUUCGCAUAAGGACUUCGCCACAGUAUGUCGAGAAGUUGGUCGAAGAAAUAGAAGCAAAGAAAGGAUUGGAGGGACGAUAUAAGAAGAUGCAAUCUCUCAUGGUUGAGAAACAAAAUGAAGCUCGCGAACAAACUGCAAAAGCUGGACAGUCUUUGCAAGCUCUUGUGACAUCUACUAAGCUUCUUCAGAAGCAAGUGGGUGAUGUUGCGAAGAUUGUUUUUCUUAUGUUUCAAGAUUUUUCAUAUCGGCGUUAUGCCUGA